UCGUCGCUGCGGCUGCAGCCGGUGGAGCGAAGGAAGGGGGGCGCGCGGCUGUUGCUAUUUAUUUAUUUUUAUUUUUUUUUAUGAAUUUCACACACACAUGGAGGCGGAAUGGCGUGACAGGAUGAGGCACACGGCGGAGGACGCGUCUCCAUCGGCCGACGUUCGAUGAUGAUCCAGUGACUGUCCCCCUGCGUGUGUGUUUGCGUGUGUGUGGCUCGCGGAUUGCUGCAGUGCUGUUUUUCCAGGUGUUGUGGUGCGUGCGUGCGCAUGUGAGUGUAUGUGUGUGUGCGUGCGUGUGAGUGUGUGAGUGAGUGAGAGUGUGUGUGUGUGUGCAUGGUGCUGAUGUUGUUGCCUGGUGUUAUUCUCUUACGAAUUGGACUAUAAGCCGGGGAACAGAGUCUGAUGUCACAUGUGCUUCAUCGGAGGAAACGGGGCAUCUGCAAGCAGGAUUUUGUGGAGGAUGCUGCGGCAAGUGAUCCACAGAGGGCUCAAGGCUUCGUUCUACUGGCUGGGCUUAUUCGUUAGCAGGCACCCCGUUUUCUUCCUCACUGUCCCCGCGGUCCUCACCAUCAUUUUCGGAUCUACCGUCCUGAGCCGCUUCAAGCCGGAGACGGACCUGGAGGUGCUGGUCGCCCCGACGCACAGCCUGGCUAAGAUCGAGCGGAGUCUCGCCAACAGCCUGUUCUCCAUCGACCAGUCGAAGCACAAGCUGUACUCGGAUUUGCACACGCCGGGCAGAUAUGGCAGGCUCAUCCUGCUCGCCAAGUCCGGGGGGAACAUCCUGGAGCUGGCCGACCAGGUCCUGCAGGUCCACAAGCAGGUGCUGGAUUUACGCGUCAAUUACAAAGGGUUCAAUUACACGUUCGCGCACCUCUGCGUCCUGAGCUACAGGGACAAGCGCUGCCUGCUGGAUGAUAUCAUCACCAUCUUCGAGGACAUCAGGCAGGCGGUGCUGUCCAACAGCACUUUCCAUAAGGUGCCAGUGAGCUACCCCAACACCACAUUAAAGGAUGGUCGUGUGUCCUUCAUCGGCCACCAGCUGGGCGGUGUGUCCUACUCGCCCAACAGCCGGGAUCAGCAGGUCAAGUUUGCCCGUGCAGUUCAGAUCACCUACUACCUCCGCAAUCAUGGACCCGUGGUGCAGGAUGCCAUCGCCGAGCGCUGGGAGAACGAGUUCUGCGCCCUGGUCAGCCGGCUGUCCACGGCAGAGGCUCCUAAUGCGCCUGACCAACUCCACAUCCAGUCACUCACUUCCUUCAGCCUGUGGCGGGAUUUCCACCAGACAGGCGUGCUGGCCAAGGGGGAAGUGCUGGUCAGUCUGGUGCUGGUGCUCUUGGCCGCCACCAUCUCCAGCUCCAUGCGGGACUGUCUGAGAGGGAAGCCGUUCCUUGGCCUCCUCGGGGUACUGACUAUCUGCAUCGCCAACGUGACGGCCGCAGGGAUCUUCUUUAUAUCGGACGGGAAGUUUAACUCUACGCUGCUGGGGAUCCCGUUCUUUGCCAUGGGCCAUGGAACCAAAGGAGUGUUCGAGCUGCUAGCAGGCUGGAGGAGAACGAGGGAAAACCUACCCUUCAAAGAGCGCGUGGCAGAUGCUUUUGCUGACGUGAUGGUCUGCUACACCAUGACCAGCUCACUCUACAUCAUCACCUUCGGUAUGGGAGCUAGCCCUUUCACGAACAUCGAGUCGGUGAAAAUCUUCUGCCAGAGCAUGUGCGUUGCUAUACUGGUCAACUACUUUUACGUGUUCUCUUUCUAUGGCUCGUGCCUGGUGUUUGCCGGACAGCUGGAGCAGAACCGCUACCACAGCGUUUUCUGUUGUAAAAUCCCCUCAGUGGAGUAUCUGGACCGCCAGCCCACGUGGUUUAAAACUAUGAUGAGUGAUGGACAUGACCUGUCCACGCACCAUGACAGUGUUCCGUACCAGAAUCACUUCAUCCAGCACUUCCUGCGAGAACACUACACAGAGUGGAUAACAAACACUUAUGUCAAGCCCUUUGUGGUAAUUCUCUAUCUCAUCUAUGCCUCUUUUUCGUUUAUGGGAUGUUUACAAAUCAGUGAUGGAUCGAAUAUAGUUAACCUGUUGGCUAGUAACUCUCCGAGUGUUUCUUAUGCGCUGACUCAGCAGAAAUACUUUAGCAACUACAGUCCUGUGAUCGGAUUUUACAUUUAUGAGCCCAUCGAGUACUGGAACUCCACGGUGCAGGAGCACCUGAAGACUCUAAGUCAUGGUUUCAACAAGAUUUCGUGGAUGGACAACUUCUUUCACUACCUGCGGGUGGUGAAUGUUAGUGCGUCAACAAAGGGCGACUUCAUCAACAUCCUUAAAGGCUCCUUCCUGCGUAGCCCAGAGUACCAGCACUUCACUGAGGACAUAAUCUUUUCGAAAAACCGCGACACCGAUGAGUUUGACAUAAUCGCGUCACGGAUGUACCUGGUGGCACGGACAACUGAGAAGAAGCGCGAGGAGGUGGUGGAGCUUCUGGAAAAGCUCCGUCCAUUGAUGCUCAUCAACAGCAUCAAGUUCAUUGCCUUCAAUCCCACGUUUGUGUUCAUGGACCGCUACAGCUCCUCCGUCAUCUCCCCCAUCCUGACCUCAGGCUUCAGUGUACUCACCAUCCUCAUCCUCACUUUCUUCCUGGUCAUCAAUCCCUUAGGGAACUUCUGGCUCAUCCUCACAGUUACAUCUGUGGAACUGGGCGUCUUGGGUUUGAUGACCCUUUGGAACGUUGGCAUGGACAGCAUCUCAAUCCUGUGCCUUAUUUAUACCCUCAACUUUGCAAUGGAUCACUGUGCACCACACUUGUACACUUUUGUGCUGGCCACUGAGCACACUAGGACGCAGUGCAUUAAGUUGGCACUGGAGGAGCACGGGGCUGCCAUCCUGCAGAACACAUCCUGCUUUGUGAUUGGGAUAAUGCCCCUGGUGUUUGUGCCUUCCAAUCUGACCUACACACUGUUCAAGUGCUCCCUCCUCACCGCAGGCUGUACUGUGCUGCACUGCUUCGUCAUCCUGCCGGUCUUCCUGACCUUCUUCCCGCCAUCCAAAAAGAGACACAAGAAAAAGAAACGGGCCAAGCGGAAAGAGCGUGAGAGAGAGCGGGAGCGGGAAAGGGAGAGGGAAAGAGAAAGGGAGGAGAUAGAAUGCAUUGAGGUCAGAGAGAAUCCAGAUCAUGUGACAAAUGUUUGAAGAGAUGUUAACCGUGCAUAUCAGUGGGUCAGUUACUGGUUAAUGUGAGGUGUUCUCCACUUGUGAGAAACCUCUGGAAAUGCAGGGGAGGUCGAUGCAUCCCCUGUGGAGUGGACACCUGUCACUCCAAACCAACAGCAGCUAAGCUGGCCAGAGUAGAGUGCAGCGCCACUGGUCAGUCCUUCAGUCUGGACAGUGUAUCUCAUUUGCACAAACUGUAACAUGCUCUCGGUUCAAAAGCUCUUUCCCAACUAUUUGGAAUUUAAAAAAACAAGUAAGUUGGCAGAACCUAUGCUUGCUAAAUCUGUAGGUAUAUUCUAAAAGUACAGUAUGCUAGUUCAUUUCAAUAUUAGCGAUUCUAUGUUCAUCUCAUGCAGCCCUUAUCACAAAAGACAGUGAGCGAGGAUCAGAGCAGCAAGUGUGCGUAUACGCGUUGGUAAAAGUGGAUAGAGUUAUAACACAAAAGUGCACAGAUUAAGGUUGUGCAGAUGACAACUGUGAACGCACCUCCCUCCUCACACAUUGAUAACAGCAAAAGUAAACAAAAACAUAAAAUUUUGUGGAAAGAGAGAGAAACUGCGGACCUGGAAGCACACUGCAUGCUUAAAUCUCAACAGGAAAAAUAGCUGAACAGCUGAACUGGGCAGAUGGCAUACACUGUGUCUAUUAUGAAGAAUUACCUUGCACAUUGCUUUAUGUCAAGGUUCAUGUAAGCAGGAGGCAAAUAUUUCUUAAGUCAUGUACAGUCUUAGACGAUGGUAAAAUGAACUAACGUUUGGGGAGUUAGUAAUAAGUAACUGUUGUACAGCCAUAUUUAAAAGGCAGUAAACCCGAGUACAUAUGAGUACUCAUACAGGAGUUAAUCCCAAAUUGUUCUUGCAGACCAGUAAACCCGAAAGUGAAGAGUGAGUACAAGUGUGACAUGUCAGACUGUCUAGCAGACUGGAACAUUUCUGUGAGACAACAAAUAUCUCUGUGAUCGGCUCACGAAAGCUCGCUGGCAUGGCACUGGUAAUUGGAGAGGGUCUGAAUGUGAUUCAAUACUAGAAAUGGUGCCAAAUGGUGUACACAACCUUUUGUCUGUCAGAUUUGUAUAAAAACAAACAAACAAACAAAAAAAAAUCUAUCCCAGUACAUUUGAACUUUGUCCCAGCUCAUUUCCAUGAUUGCUGUUCAGUGUUGUUCAGGUUUUUGAAGCAAAUUAUGUAAGAGAUUUUAAAUGAAGCAGUGAGGCACUUGUGUAAAAGGUUUUGAGAUCAAACUGAAAUUGAAAGAGCUAAAGAGAAAGUUGGGUCGAGUUGAAGUUGAUUUUGCUCCAGAUAUAUUCAAAUUACAUUUGCGAUUAUACUGACAUUUAAACAAAUUACCUAAAGUUAAGCCCUGCGUUAAAAUAAGGGCAGUUUAAAACUGUGUGUUAUAAUAAGCAGUACAUCUUUUGUUUUUUUAUACAGAUUUUUCAAGCUUUUCUUUUAUCACCCUCUACAAUGACGUGGAUAUUUCAAGUGGAACAAUUGUAAAAUUGGGGUUGAUCAUGCAUGGUCAAAGAGAAACAUCCACAUUCCAUGCCGUUUCAUCCGGCUGCGCAGAAUUUUCUUGCCUUUUCAGCUCUCUUUUUUUGUUGUUCCACCCACAAUGUAAAGCUGCUGUCAGUCAUGUCAACCUUUAGAUAACCUUUGACUAACGUCCUGUUUGUUGCAGAGGGACUGAGAGACCCACAGUACAGUGGAAACACUCAAUCAGUGAUAGCUGUCAGAAUAAAGGCCCUUUUUAACAUUCAUUUAAUCAAAGUACAACACUGACAGCAGCUUUAAAUGGUUCAAUUCAUCCUAACAACUGUCAUCAACAGCAUUUGCAGCAGCUUUUGUUUAAGUUAAACGCUUUAUCAGUGCACUCCUAUGUUACCCACCCUGCACUUAAAGCAAUCAAAUGAAACCACAAGCAGAGAAGUGAAAAGAGCUUGACAUUUUCUCUUUAUGGAGACCAAAUCAGAGCUUUAAGUAAACUGAGUAUUGUACUUGAAGGAAUGCUAACGUAGCCCUGUAUCUGCUGAAUGUGGACAUAAGAAGGUUGUGUGUUUUACACUAACACACAAAUAAAGUGUUUUGUUUAGUUCUGCUGCCAACGCAUAGCCAAAAAGAUUAGAAAUAGCAAUGCUGCUUUAUUGAACACCAUUCCUCCUCUGCUCUUCUCUUAUUAAGGGAUGGAGUACUUGCUGUGUAAGAAUUUCUUUAUGUUAAUGCUAUCAAAUGAAUCAUUUAAUUUUGUUACAAUCAUGAAGGGUUCACAGUAAACCUAAGUUAUUUGAACCUAAGUGAAUUGAUUAACUACACUUUAGGAGCAGGGCCACGCCUCAGUCACACCGCUAAUCACCAGCAAAGCCUUUAUAUUCCUGGUCAACUUUCACAGUCUCACCCACCUUAGCCCUCUACCCUUCAUCCCUCAAACCUAACUCCUUCAUCCCUUGCUUUUUGUACUUGAUGACCACUCAAAGCGCUUUGUACCAGGUAUUCCAUAUCACUCAUUCACUCUCACAAUCAUACAGCACAUUUAGGUGUGAACUGGCAGAGCAGGAAGUCGAACUCUCUACCUUUCAGUUGGGGCAUGACUCGCUGUACCACUGAGCCAUCACCUUCACCCCUCUACCCUAACUCCAGGAUCCUUCAUCCAUCAACCCCAAAUCCUUCAUCUACUGUAACUCUUUCAUCCUUUGACCCUAACGUCUAUAUCUUUCAUCCUUCAACUCUAACUUCUCCAUCCCUCAACCCUAGUGCUUUCAUCCCAUGUACCCAUCUCUAUUGACCCUAACUCCUCCAUCCCUUUUAUUUUGUAUUCACUUCCUCGCUGCCAUGCUUGUAAAACCUGAUUUAGACCAUUUUUGUUUUGAGACAUGGAGAAUUAUUGUGUUUCAAGUCUCCAUUAGAAGAAAAUAAACUGUGGCCACAAGAGGGAUAAACAUGGAUUUGUGUGGUUCAGUCUAGACUGUGACUCUACCAUCUGUCCCCUCAGCAGAAAUCCAGAUUCACCAGAACAGGCUGCGAUUUUCAGUCGUCAGUUGUCCAGUGUUGAAGAGUCUGCCUCACAUUGUUGUUCUUGGCUGACAGGAAUCACACUUGAGUUGACGUUUGUUGCUGUUGAAGCCCACCUAUCUCCACCCCACACUUCUAAUGAGUCGAUUAUCUGAGUUACCAUAGAGAUUCUGUCAGCUCCAACCAGUCCAUCAACAAAUAUAAAGAUCCAUUAAGAUGUUUGACGUUAUCUGACGCCCCUGACGAAUCAUUGGCUAUUUGCAAGAAUAAGGAUGGAAGUGAUUGAUGAGUGUGUUAGGGCUGUCACUCUUUAUCCGAAAAUCAGUUAUCCUUUCAAACUUGGUGAAAGCUAAAAGUUUUGGGUUAGCAAAGUACCGAACAAAUCUGUAGACUCACCUGUUAGCUCCACCUGAGUGAAGCGACAAAGGAGGCAUCAUAGACGAGAAACACAAGUGUUGAAUCUCACAUAAAUUGAUAGUAAAUUAAGAUUUGGCCUUGGUGAACCUGGUCGAGUAUGCCAGCGAUUCAAUUUCCCUCUGCAAACACGACGUUUUGGUCAACGACAGAAUCUCCUAAACAAUUCAAACCAAUCACAAAUGGGUUGUUUGGCACUCUGGCGCACUAGAGAUGGGCUUAAAGUAAUGACGACAGAGAAGCGACAUCUAGCAGCUUUUGUACACGCCUAACGUGGCUGUCAUCAGAUUUGGCUGACCUGCUUUUUAGUGACAUUAGUAUCACGCCAUCACUCCUAGAAAACUACAACAAGCACAUCUGUUGGGUCUGAUUGGUUGUAGGUCUUUUGUGUACAGAGGCAUUUUGAUCUAUGUUCGUUGAUCACGUCUGUUGGAAUUGGGAGGUGACUACACCCUUACAAGCCUCAUAUUCUAUCUCAAAUGAGAUUGAGAUGCAGAAAACUAAAACAAUAAUUAUGUCACAUUUGUGUGUAUAAUGAGAAACAUCCAAACACCAGUUUUGUGUAAUAGUCAUCUAAACUUGAUAUUUAGGAAGAAGGUGACAGCCCUAGUGUAUUUUCAGUGUAAACAUGCCAGACGAUCUAAAGAUAACAGAUGUGUGUACAGGUGUUCCAGUGCUUGUUGAGUGUUUGAACACACACACACACAGAGGCACGCGAUCUCAGAAUUAAAAAAAAAAAAGAAUUCCAGUUUCCCUUUUUGUCUCACUUACCUCAAUUUACAUUCCUUCGUUUGAAAAACCCAAUGUUUAAUGGUCCAUCAGCGAAACGUUGCGUCUCUAUUUGGUAAAUAGUGUUAGUCGCAGUCAAAUAACAAAGAUUCAACGUCAGUCGGACCAAGAAAUACAAAUUUGAACGUGACCUCUGACGGGCAGAUCCUCAUCCUUUCAAAGCUGUCGUCGUGGGGACACCUUAUUUCUUAGCUUACUCUCAGCUAAUCUGUCAGCCGUAUGAACUGUACCGGACCAAAAUAAGGAUGAAGGGUAUGUGUACAUGCUUGAUAAACGAAGGCAUAGUUCCAUAUGACAAAUUAUGAAAGAGGCUAGUGAACCUCCUUGUUAAACUUAAAUCAGUCAUGCAAAUGAGAAGUAAAAAGGCUAAAAGAAUAAUGUCCUACUUUUGUGGAACUCGGAAAGUAAUUCAUAAAAUUGAAUUUUAAUGACCCCCAUACAUUUCAUCACCCAGACAUUACCUUACUAAGAAAUAAGGAUUUAUGGCAGGCUACUUCCUGAAGCAGCUGCAGUGAACGUUGCAUAAUGUAAAAGCUAUGUCAUGUAUGUACGUAUAGCAAGAAGGCAUGAAAUCUUUGAAAAAUGGGAAAGAAGUGCAAAUCUUUAACAAUUUACUUCCCAAAAAUGGACUGUUUGCAUGGCACUGUAUUGUACGUAUGUAUGCAUGUAUUUAUUUUUCUGUAUGGAGUCUGCGUAUUUUUUUAUUUUGCUCCACUGUGGUGAUUUCAGUUCAUUGUUUCAAUGGAUGUAUUGUAACACCAUGUGCUGCAAAAGAACAAAAUGACUCACAUCUGUUCCAAAACAAAAGCCAGAGGAUAUUCAUCUGUAAAAUACCUGUAAAUGAAUCUUUUCUAUAUUUUAUAAGAAAAAAAUGCUAUAGAAAGAUUUUUAACGACUGAAUUUUCUUAAAAAAAAGAAAUAAAAAGAGAAAAAAAAGUUGAACACGGUAGGCCAGUAACAAACAGUGGAAUGUUACCAGUAUACUAGAUCUUAUUCCUUGCAAACUACAGUGUCAGUGUUUGUUGAUGAUUCACAUUUUUAUGUGGGGAAACUGUUGCCACCAUUUUAUUGUUUGUGUCUUGACCUCUUUACAACAUCGACUUGGCCCGUGACAUUAAAAGAUAGCAUUCAGUACUCAACAGCCCUUUUUAUAAAACAACACAACAGUCAAUCAGGCUUUGUAUUGAUCAUUUUCAACAAAAGUGCACGUUAGGAAUUUACAGAAUUUAGAUGGAAUCUCCAAUUUACGUCCUGAAUAAAGUCGACUACACGUUGUUAUAUGGCAGGUCAAGCUUAUCAGCUAAGAAAUCAUCAUUUAGCAAUAUAUGUUCACUCUUGUGUAACAUCAUCCUUAGAUACUGGCAUCUUACUUAUUGCUGGCUUGAAAGCUAUUGCCUAAGAACACUUGCCAAUGUUCAGCUACUUUACAAUUAGCAUCAUUUCCAAUACCAAAUGCUGUCUGAUUAGGUCUAUUGUGUAAUUUGAACUCAUUAGAAAUGCAUAGUCAUGAAUAGAAAUUAUUAUUAUUAUGAAUAAGCAACACCCAAAGGGUUUACCUCUAGAUUACUGAAAGAGCAUGUAAUGUCUUAUAUUUGAAACACACCUUGUGUCAUUUUCACCAAAGAAAAUGAAAACCCGGCAUAAAGAAUGAGUCCGACAUUAUUCAACACUUUCUUGCUGUCAACAAAUCCCUUGAAAAGACCAAAACCAUGCCUUGGCACACAGACCAAGCCAAGUGGUUUCCUUUUUUUGUUUGUUUCUUUUGUUUUAUUCAUUAUUAAAUAUCAU